GGCCGACCCACAUUUCUCUCUCUCUCUCUCUCUCUCUCCAUUUGAAGCUGCUUAGGUUUGAGGGAUCAAAUGUACAAGAGGAGAGUCUCGCUUCUCUCAAUCAAUUCCCUUGCAGUUCUAUGUAAGGUACGCUAUUCGAGCAACUCGUCUGAUUCGAUCAAAACCCUAACUCUAUCAAAAAAUCUUAGCACUGCAGCUGAAAGAUCAGAGCUUUUAAACUCUGUUGACUGCCAUUUGGAGAAUUCUAAUGAGCAUUUCCAAAACCCUAGUGGUUCCUGCGGUGAGAGCCAAAACCUUGUUGAAUUUGUGCAAAAACCAAAUGGACAGGGCUUAAACCCUUGUUGGGGUUUUAGGGAAACCACUGGAAAUGUUGUAGGAAAUAUUCAGGUUGUGGAAAAGGGAAAUUCUGGCAGAUCUUCUGGGCAAAAUCAUGGAAAAUUUCCGCACAAUUUGGAUGGUGAUUACCAGAAUUUUAAUGGGAGUUGUUGGGAAAGCAGUAGGAGUGUUAAUCAAAAUAAUCCAAAUAAGAGGAAGGGUAAUUAUAGUGGAUAUUAUGUGAAUACUGGGCAGUUUCAACACAAAAAUAGUCAGGUUGCUGCAUCGAAUUCAAAGAGUUCGCUGGAUCAUCCAAAAGGGGUUUAUGGAGGGGGUGGAAACCUACAACAUGUGCAUGCGAAUUGUCAGAAGGGACCUGGAGAAGUGACACAAAAUCCAAGUGGGUUUCAUUUGCAAGGUCCUUCAGGGCCACAAGGAAUAUGGAACGGUAAUUAUACUCAAAAUGUUAAUCAGUUUCAGCCUGGCUCAAGUGGUUAUUACAUGGGAAAUGCUGGAAUGUAUCAGCAAGGCCCAAGUGCUGGCCAAUAUCAGCAGAACCUAAAUGUUGUAAACAACCAGCGGAGUGUCAAUGUUGUACAAUAUCAGCCAAAAUUGAAUGGUGUAAAUAAUUUAAAACAAGCUUCUCAUGUAUCUAGCGAUCCCAAAGUUGAAGGGACAUUGGAUGAGUCUUCUGAAACUAGUCCAGAUAGAGGUACCCUGGAGGAUCUUGAUGACUUCUGCAAGGGAAGGAAAGUGAAGGAAGCUGUUGAACUUUUGCAUUCGUUGGAGGAGCAGCAUGUUCCUGUGGAUUUGCCUCGUUUUUUGCUGUUGAUGCAGGCAUGUGGGGAGGCUAAGGCUUUACAAGAAGCAAAAGCUGUUCAUGAUCACAUUAUGAGAUCACUGCUCCCUUUGGAAGUCUGUACGUAUAACAAGAUCUUAGAGAUGUACGCAAAAUGUGGUUCUAUGGACAAGGCAUUUGAUGUGUUUGACAAAAUGCCAGAGCGCAAUUUGAAUUCUUGGAAUAUUAUGAUAACAUGGCUUGCGAAGCAUGGACUUGGGGAGGAUGCCAUUGAUCUGUUUAGUCAAUUUAAACAAGCUGAAUUAGAACCUAAUGCACAAAUGUAUAUCGGGGUAUUCUCUUCUUGUGGUGAUGUUGGCGAUAUUAAUGAAGGGAUGCUUCACUUUGAAUCCAUGAUGAAGGAUUAUGGCAUUGUCCCAUCAAUGGAACAUUACGUAAGCGUUGUGGACAUGCUGGGAAGUACUGGGUAUUUGGAUGAAGCUUUAGAGUUCAUUGAAAAAAUGCCAAUGACACCAAAUAUAGAUGUUUGGGUAACCUUAAUGAAUCUCAGCCGACUUCAUGGGAACUUGGAGCUUGGGGAUCGUUGUGCUGAGCUUGUGGAGCUUUUAGACCCUUCAAAAUUGAUUGAACAAUCUAAGGCAGGCCUUGUAGCUGGAAAAGAUUCAGACCUUGAAAAAGAGACAGAGAAGAAGAAGUUGACAAGUCAAAAUCUUUUAGAAGUUAGGAGUAGGGUCCAUGAGUAUCGAGCAGGGGACACAUCACAUCCUGAAAACGAUAGAAUCUAUGCCUUGCUUAGAGGUUUGAAGGCACAGAUGAAAGAAGCUGGUUACAUUCCAGAGACAAGAUUUGUGUUGCACGACAUAGACCAGGAAGGCAAGGAGGAGGCGCUUCUUGCUCAUAGUGAAAGACUUGCUACUGCUUAUGGUCUUCUAACCAGUCCUGCACGCUCACCUAUUCGAAUAAUAAAGAAUCUUCGUGUUUGUGGUGAUUGCCAUAAUGCAGUGAAGAUCAUUUCAAAGAUUGUAGGAAGAGAACUCAUCAUGCGAGAUGCCAAGAGAUUCCACCAUUUCAAAGAUGGGGCGUGCUCUUGCCGUGAUUAUUGGUGAACAAGAUGAAAAUAAAGGGAUACAUAGAAGUUGACCAAGUUAAAAAGUGAACUUUUCCUCUUCCAGAAAAAUGUGUUGUGGCAGAUACCCUUCAUUUAGGUCUCGAUAUUAAGCUAAUUAUUAGAUACACUGAGAGUAUUAAAAAAUAGUGUUCUCUCUCUUAUAAAAAGGUGAGUCUUCUUUAUAAUAUGGAGAGUGAAACCCACAUAAUUGUGAGAGAUGGUGCUAUGUACCGGUUGUACCUAAUAAUUUUUCCUCCAUAUUGAGGUUGCAAAUGAGGAUUCACUAGUCAUCUGUCUCACAAGCAAUUUGAGGGAAAUGGAUGAGACACGCUUGACCACUUUGAACGCAACUAACUUACAUUGUGAGUGCGAAUGAUAUGGUUUGUGAGUCUUUUGUGCAUACGUUGAUGAUGGAAAAAGAAUAGGAUGACAGAGAUAAGUAAUCACUUCCGUAAUUAAUUU